AUGGAAAUUGUGGAAGACAUAGUGAUUAUUGGCGCUGGAAUAGCUGGUCUAACUACGGCUUUAGGACUUCACAGAUUGGGACUCCGGAGUUUGGUGUUGGAAUCAUCAGAUGGAUUGCGAACUACAGGAUUUGCUUUUACAAUGUGGACUAAUGCAUGGAAAGCACUGGAUGCUAUCGGCAUUGGGGACAUCCUUCGUCAAAAGCACAACCAACUUAGUGGAAUUUUGACUACAUCCGUGGUUUCUGGGCUUUCAACUUCAGAAAUAUCUUUCAAGGAUCAUGAUGUCAGGUGCGUAAACAGGAAGGUGCUUCUGGAAAUUCUGGAAAAUGAACUUCCUAGAGGUACCAUUAGAUAUUCCUCCAAGGUGGUUCAUAUUCAGGAUGCUUGUUUCUUUAAGUCUAUUCAUCUUUCAGAUGGAACUGUCAUCAAAACUAAGGUUUUGAUUGGGUGUGAUGGGGUGAACUCGGAGGUGGCGAAAUUUCUAGGUUUCAGUAAGCCAGCUUUUGUGGGGCGAUCAGCCAUUAGAGGUUUCUUAGAUUUUGAAGCUGCCCAUGGUUUUGAGCCAAAGUUCUUCCAAUUCUUUGGAAAGGGUUUCAGAUAUGGUGUCCUUCCAUGUGAUGAUCAUAGUGUUUACUGGUUUUUUACCUACAGUUCCUCCCGCCAAGAGAAAGAUAUAGAGAAAGAUUCAGUUAAGAUGAAACAAUUCUUGUGGAGCAAGCUUGGAAAUGUCUCUGAUAAUAUCAAGGCUGUUUUUGAGCACACUGAUUUGAACAGUAUGGUGUGUUCACCAUUGAGAUUCAGAUAUCCUUGGGAGUUGCUAUGGGGAAAUAUCAGUAAAGACAAUGCAUGUGUAGCUGGGGAUGCACUACACCCCAUGACGCCUGACCUUGGCCAAGGCGGUUGUUCUGCAAUAGAGGAUGGUGUCGUCUUGGCCCGGAUUUUGGCUGAAGGAUUGAGAGAAAACUCAAAGAGUGUAAAGCAAGGAAAUGCUGAAGAAAUUGAGUACCAAAGGAUCAAGACAGCAUUGGGAAAGUUUGCUAAAGAGAGGAGAUGGAGAGGUUUUGAUCUCAUCAGUACUGCAUAUAUGGUAGGCGGAGUCCACUACGAAUUCCAAGAUUUCUUCAAAAAUCUCACAAUCAUCGAAUCUCAGAUAUUUACCAAGAUGACUCAAGACGUUGAGAUGAAAGAGCAGUCCGCCCCCUCCAAUUCCGUGCCCUCCACUGCUCCCUCCACUUUCCAGCAAUUGAAGGAGAUAAUGUCCUUGAUUGAGAUGGGGGCCUAUUCACGCGAGGUUCGGAGGAUUGCUAGGGCGAUUAGGUCCACGAUUCAGUUGAGGAGGAAGUUCAAGGCUUCUGUGCUUUCUGCAUUUCUCAAUUUUGUGCUUGUGCCGGGAUCUGAAGCGCAUUCUCGCCUAUCUUCUUACCUUCCCAAGGAGGAUGAGCACGAUAUGGAAGUUGAUACUGCAUCAUCGACAACUCAAGUUCCUGUAAAGCAUUCCUUGCCAGAGCUUGAGAUCUAUUGCUAUUUACUUGUUCUAAUAUAUCUGAUUGAUCAGAAGAGAUACAGUGAGGCUAAAGCUUGUUCUUCGGCAGGCAUUGCGCGGGUAAAGAAUCUGAAUAGGCGAACUGUUGAUGUCAUAGCGGCUAGACUCUACUUCUACUACUCUCUCAGCUAUGAACUCACUGGUGAUCUUGCUGAAAUUCGUGGUAAUCUCCUUGCUUUGCACCGGAUUGCAACUUUGCGCCAUGAUGAGUUGGGACAGGAAACACUUCUUAAUCUGCUGUUAAGGAAUUACCUCCAAUACAACCUAUAUGAUCAAGCGGAGAAGCUGAGGUCAAAGGCUCCUCGUUUUGAAGCUCACUCAAAUCAGCAGUUUUGCCGGUAUCUCUUUUAUCUUGGAAAGAUCAGGACAAUUCAGUUGGAGUACACUGAUGCUAAAGAGUCCCUUCUCCAAGCUGCCAGGAAAGCACCUGUUUCUGCUCUUGGUUUCCGAGUUCAAUGCAACAAGUGGGCUGUUAUUGUCCGCUUACUACUGGGAGAGAUUCCUGAGAGAACUGUUUUUAUGCAGAAAGGGAUGGAAAAAGCUUUGAGGCCAUACUUUGAGCUUACAAAUGCUGUUCGCAUUGGAGAUCUGAAGCUGUUUAAAACUGUUGCUGAGAGGUUUGCUAGCACUUUUAGUGCAGACCGUACUAACAAUUUAAUUGUCAGGCUGCGCCAUAAUGUCAUUAGAACUGGGCUCCGCAACAUCAGUAUCUCAUACUCCCAGAUCUCACUUGCUGAUGUUGCUAAAAAGCUGAAAUUGGAUUCUGCAAACCCUGUUGCUGAUGCUGAGAGUAUUGUAGCCAAAGCAAUUCGUGAUGGUGCAAUUGAUGCCACACUAGAUCAUGCUAAUGGCUGUAUGAUAUCAAAGGAAACUGGGGAUAUCUACUCCACAAAUGAGCCUCAAAUUGCUUUCAACUCAAGAAUUGCUUUCUGCCUAAAUAUGCAUAAUGAGGCAGUUCGUGCCCUUCGAUUCCCUCCUAAUUCCCACAAAGAGAAGGAAAGUGCAGAGAAGAGAAGGGAGAGACAACAGCAAGAGCAAGAGCUUGCUAAGCAUAUAGCUGAGGAGGAUGAUGAUGAGUUCUAG